GUUCUUGGUCCUCCGGUCGUAUUAAAAAAACCUUUAGUCGGCGAAAAAUAUCACCGAAAAAAAGGAGGGUAUGUCGGUCAUUUCAGUCUCGAGUGAGGAUGAUUUCGUCAUUUUACAUAUAAACCCCCAACCAUAUGUUUCGACGAGUCAAGAAACGCCGCCUCAAUGGGAACUCCAGAAACAUCCCGAGAACCUUGUCCCGACAGGAUCCUCGACGACAUCGGCGGCGCCUUCGGCAUGGGAGCCGUCGGCGGCUCUGCCUUUCACUUUCUCAAGGGCGUCUACAACUCUCCCAUCGGAUCUCGCGUCUCCGGCGGAGUUCAGGCGGUGAGGAUGAAUGCGCCACGAGUCGGUGGGAGCUUUGCCGUGUGGGGAGGCCUCUUCUCCGCCUUCGAUUGCACGAUGGUCUACGCUCGUCAGAAGGAGGAUCCAUGGAACUCGAUCUUCGCCGGAGCCGCCACCGGAGGGUUCCUCUCGAUGCGUCAGGGCCUUGGAGCCUCCGCUCGAUCGGCUUUGUUCGGUGGCGCUCUUCUGGCUCUCAUCGAAGGAGCUGGGAUCGCCCUCAAUAAAAUUCUCAGCGCUCCGCAAGAGGCGCCGAUCAUGGUGGAGGAGCCAGGUCCGGGUUUCCCCAUGGGAUUGCCGGGUCAAUCCGUGCCGGAGAGUUCGGAAUCGGGGUCGUCUUGGUUAGGAGGAUGGUUCAGUGGUGGGAAGAAUGCGGAAUCCAAGGAUAAUGGAGGGAGCAAGGUUCAGAUUCUGGAGAGCUUUGACGCGCCGCCGGUGCCGAAUUUCGAGUACAAGUGAUGGAAUUGAGACCUGGGUUUGAAGUAAUUUCGAAUCUUUGGUUUGAUUAUCUGGUUUAGUUUCCAUUGCUGCACGAUCAGCAUUUUUGUAUUAUUGCAAUAUGGAAUUAGGGUUUCUGGUAAUGGGUUCCCGUGGAAAAUAAAAGCAUAUAGCCCAUAGAUACGAAAUUCCGAUGAAGUUUUAAUGUGUAGAUGGUCAGCGAAUGGCAAAUAUGUUUAAAUAAAA